AUGGGUAGAUUCUGGUUGGAAGUUUUUCCACAUUUAACAGAUGAAGAAGGUUAUAAUUCAUUCCAGCAGCAUUUUCGUAUUACUCUUGCCACUUUUAACUAUAUUGUUAGACGAUUAGAAAACCAUCCAGCUUUUUUUUUAGAAGCACUUAAUGCAACACCUGAUCGAAUAAUGUGGCCACAAGGUGCUCGAUUAGCUACAGUAAUAUAUGGAUUUGAAUAUGUGGAAACUGGUUUAGGAAAUCGUAGAUUACCUAAUGUUAUCAAGGUCAUAGAUAGGUCACAUAUACCAAUUCAUCCUCCUUCUAAAAAUGGUCAUGCUAUAGAUUUGUUGUCAUUAGAAGAUGCUGUGAUAGAAGAAAAUGAUAUUAAUGAAGAUCAUGAAAUUGAUAAUGAUAUAUUUAUGGUUAAUGAAGAAAAUAACAGAUUGGUGGAUAUACAAAAAAGAAAUUAUUUGGCAAAUCUUCUUAAUAUUUUAUAA